GACGCGCGCUGGCGAAUAUGAAUACGAAUACUCUGUAACUAUAUGGACGUCAUUAAUCUUGGCCGAGACCGCGACCGCAACCGCGGUUGAUAAGCAGUGGCUCCAAUCCAACACCACCUAUUCAGCGAGAAUGAGCAGCUAAGACGACUGCGACGACGACGACGACGCCAGUCAAUGCCAGAGCGCGAAGCGGUCGCGUUGACAUCGGUAGCUGCUCUCCAAUAAUUCUCCAAUACCAUAUAUUAUUCCGAUCCGAUUCGAUUCGAUCAGUUCCGACCGACGGACAGACGUACGGACGGACGACCAGCUAAUAUAUCGGGCAUGCUAAUUGUCGCGCUGUGAUACGCGAUUCGGUUCCGAGUAGACGGUAUACGGUACGGUAUACGGUAUACGAUAGACGGUAGACAGUAGACGCCAGCGGGCAAACAUCCAUGCGAAAUCGCCGUCCCGCCUUGCUGACACCCACUUUGAUAAGCGGAUAAUAAAGGAGUAAUACACCGUUCCCGAUUUGACUUUCGUCUGGGGCGUUGCUUUUGCCGGUGUUAAUUAAGCCUUCACACACUUAAGUGUGCCACUCGAAAUGUACGCAUGAACACUGUCUUAUCGCCAGCCGGAUUCGGCCAACGGAGUAGACAAAAGUAAAAGGUGAUCUCACAGAUAACACCGAUUCGUAUUCGGAAUCGGAUUCAGAUUCAGAUUUAGUAUCAGCAGCAGCAACAACAGCAGCAGCAGCCACAGCAGCAUUUUCCCAUCUGAAGUCGCAGUCGCAGUGCAUCGGCAGCAGCUAAAAAAGCAGCAGCAUAUUCAUAAAUAAUCUUUGGCCGCAGCCACAUCGGCGGAUCAACUCCACGCCACUGGACACUGGCCACUGGUCACUGUCCACGGUCCACUGUCCAUUGAAAGGAAGUCGGUCUUGUGACUUGGACGUGGUGCUGCAGAUAAUUGAAUUUAAUGCACAAAUGAGCCCAUGAGGAAUUUGCUUUCAUAAAUCCGUCUUGCACAAGUGACGAAUGCAAUUCCUUCGCUGCGCCACUUGCAUUGUCUGCCAUCGUCGAGAACAUUUCACUUCCGAGUCGCACACCACCACCGUCCUACUACCACGAUGAAGGCGACCAGGAACGGAGGCCAGCUGCUCAUCGCUCCUUCGCCGCAGACCGCCGCCCGGCUGCUGCCCCUGCGCACGUACUCCAACGCCUCCUCGCUGGGCCACCACCACGACAGGAGCACUCUGUCCGAUGGCGACGAGGAGGAGGGUGGUCUGGGCUACACCCACACACUGAUGUAUGGUCGCUAUACCAAAGAUCUAGGAGAAUUUGCCAAGGAUGAAGCCAGAAAGCUCAAAAUACUCGAAAAGCGACGAAAGCAGGAAGAUAAGCAAAGGAAUAAGGAACUGCUGGGCAAACACUCGACCCGGGCGAAGCGGGUGUCAUCAUGGAUCUGGAGGCACACGGUGGCCCGGCUGGGCGAGGAUUGGGUCUUCCUGGCGCUGCUGGGCAUCAUUAUGGCCCUGCUCUCGUUCAUCAUGGACAAGGGCAUAUCCAUAUGUACAAACGCGCGAAUUUGGCUGUAUCGCGACCUGACGUCACAGCCUUUUGUUCAGUACAUCGCAUGGGUCUCGCUGCCGGUCUGUUUGAUAUUGUUCUCAGCCGGCUUUGUCCAUCUCAUCGCACCGCAAAGUAUAGGUUCUGGUAUACCCGAAAUGAAGACCAUACUGCGCGGCGUUCAAUUGAAAGAGUAUCUCACAUUUAAGACACUGGUGGCCAAGGUAAUUGGUUUAACGGCAACUCUGGGCAGCGGUAUGCCAUUAGGAAAGGAAGGUCCUUUCGUACAUAUAGCAAGUAUUGUAGCACAAUUAUUAAGUAAACUUGUCACAUCAUUCCAAGGCAUAUAUGAGAAUGAGUCGCGUAACUCCGAAAUGUUGGCGGCCGCCUGUGCCGUCGGUGUGGGCGCCUGUUUUGCCGCUCCAGUCGGUGGUGUGCUCUUCAGCAUAGAGGUCACCACCACGUACUUUGCUGUGCGCAACUACUGGCGCGGUUUCUUCGCCGCCGUGUGUGGCGCCACUGUCUUCCGGCUCCUGGCCGUUUGGUUCCAAAACGCGGACACUGUCCGGGCCCUGUUCCUCACGAACUUCACCACCGAGUUUCCCUUCGAUCCCCAGGAGCUGUUCGUCUUCGCCUUGAUUGGACUCGUCUGCGGUUUGGGUGGCGCAUCAUACGUGUGGGUCCAUCGGCGGUAUGUCCUCUUCAUGCGAUCCAACAAGCGGAUGAACAAGUUCCUGCAGAAGAAUCGCUUUCUGUAUCCGGGAUUCCUGGCUCUGCUGGUGUCCAGCAUCUCGUUUCCCCUGGGAACUGGACAGUUCCUGGCCGGCGAACUGAGUACCCACGAGCAGGUGACACAGCUAUUCAGCAAUUUCACGUGGUCACGAGAUGAUCUUACUGUGGAGCAGGCGGCUGUGGUGACCCACUGGAUGACCAGUUACACCAGCGUCUUUGGCAACCUGGUCAUCUACACACUCUUCACGUUCGUGUUCUCCAUCAUCGCUUCCACGAUACCAGUGCCGUCGGGCAUGUUCAUUCCGGUUUUCAAGAUCGGUGCCGGCUUUGGUCGGCUGGUGGGCGAGUUCAUGGCGGUGACAUUUCCCCACGGCGUCCGGUAUGGCGGCCGGCUGUCGCCCAUCAUGCCCGGAGGCUAUGCCGUCGUCGGAGCGGCCGCCUUCUCUGGAUCCGUGACGCACACGGUGUCUGUGGCCGUAAUCAUUUUCGAGAUGACCGGACAGAUAACGCACGUGGUGCCCGUGAUGAUUGCCGUGCUGGUGGCCAAUGCCGUGGCGGCGCUGCUCCAACCGUCGAUAUACGACAGUAUUAUAUUGAUUAAGAAGCUGCCCUACCUGCCCGAUCUGCUGCCCUCCAGUUCUGGGAUGUACAGCAUAUUCGUGGAGGACUUUAUGGUGCGGGAUGUGAAGUACAUAUGGCACGGCAUCUCCUAUCAGAAGCUCAAAGAAGUCCUCAAGCUAAACAAGACGCUGAGAUCCCUGCCACUGGUGGACAGCCCGGAUAACAUGAUCCUGCUGGGAUCCGUGCAGCGGUACGAGCUGAUCAAAAUGAUCGAGAAGCACAUCGGACGCGAGAAGCGCAUGGAGGUGGCCCAGAAGUGGCAAAAGGAGGCUCAGGAGCGAGCCCUCGAGGAGGAGAAGAAAAAACAGGAGGUGGAGCUGAAGAUGCGGCGUCCAUCGCGAUUCGAGGUCCUGCCAGCUCCGGAUAUACUCAGUUUACGGCAGAUUGCCAACGACGAAAUGCUGCCGCCCAAGAAAAGGGCGGAGACCAUGCACAGUUCGCUGGCGCCCAGGAAGUCCAUUCUAAAGAAGACCAACUCCUUCAACCUGAAGACCUACGCCCAGCCCAUGGGGCACAGUCCCAGCAUCACGCCCUACACCACGAUCACCGGCAAUUCCGAGUUCCGCAUUCGCUCAGCCUUCGAGGCCAUCUUCAAGAAGUCCACCACGCUUCAGGACGUCCAGCCGGAUCCGGAAACGGGCUCCAUCUCUCCGGCUGCAAGCCACCACGAGGUGGAGGUGCCUCGAACUCCUAGUACUCCCGGUGUUUCCAAAAAGGUCCAGCUGCCCAGGGAACGUGUUAUUGACAUGUCGCCGGAGGAUCAGAAGCAAUGGGAGCUGGAAGAGAUGUUGAAGCCCAUCGAUCUGCAAAAGGCCAAUGUGCACAUAGAUCCCUCGCCAUUUCAGCUGGUGGAACGCACCUCCAUACUCAAGGUUCACUCGUUGUUUUCUAUGGUGGGCAUUAACCACGCCUAUGUCACCAAAAUCGGAAGGCUCGUGGGCGUUGUGGGACUGAAAGAAUUGAGAAAAGCCAUCGAGGACAUUAAUAGCAAUAGUUUCGUACCACCGACACGAGAUGAGGAUGCGAAUGAGAAGCCAGCGGUGGAGAAACCCCUGCUGUCGACGAACUCUAGUGAUAAGGCCGUGGACAUGACCGUCACCUCGAUGGACUCGGCACUAUCCAAUUCCGAGAACUGUUCGGACAUUGAAAUGGAGCACAUAAAGCACACGGAUAAGGGCACAGUAUCGCUCACCAUGCCGCCACAGGAAUCUAAGCAAAGUCCAUCGGCGGACACAAAUAACACAGAAAACGGCAAUCAUGCUUGAAACAAGAUGAUCGGCUAUCAUAAUAGUUACUACGAUACGUAUACGUAAUAUGUUUGUAAAGAUCAGCUAAACACACCUAUCAUAAGUUACGUCUUACACGAGUUAGUCAUCAAUGUUAUUAUGUAUUUAUAUCUCGUUAGUUCAUAAUGUCAAAGAUAUCGUGAUUUACAUUUAAGUUGAAAAGAAAUCAAGUCACCAACGAA